CAGGGACUGGCUGUGCCGUAUCGCCGAUCCGGUCCUUGGAUCAAGUCCUAACUAUCACAGACAGGAUAAAAAGCUCAACCACACCCAUAGAACGCUCUUUCUCUCUCUCUCUCCAGAUCGCUCACGACAUCCUCUACGUCUCACUCACGCACCAGCCCAACAUGCGGUCCACUCUUGUCACCGGCCUCAUCGCCGGCCUACUCUCCCAACAAGCCGCCGCCCACGCCACCUUCCAAGCCCUUUGGGUCGAUGGUGCCGAUUAUGGCUCGCAAUGCGCUCGCGUCCCUCCUUCCAACUCCCCCGUCACCGAUGUGACUAGCAAUGCCAUGAGGUGUAACACGGGAACUUCGCCCGUUGCGAAGAAGUGCCCUGUCAAGGCGGGAAGUACGGUCACUGUUGAGAUGCACCAGCAAGCAAAUGACCGCUCCUGUUCCUCUGAAGCCAUCGGUGGCGCUCACUACGGUCCCGUCCUCGUGUAUAUGUCCAAGGUCUCCGACGCCGCCUCCGCCGACGGUUCCUCUGGCUGGUUCAAGAUCUUUGAGGACACCUGGGCCAAGAAGCCCUCCAGCUCCUCGGGCGACGAUGAUUUCUGGGGCGUCAAAGACCUCAACUCGUGCUGCGGCAAGAUGCAGGUCAAGAUCCCCUCGGACAUCCCCGCGGGUGACUAUCUCCUCCGUGCCGAGGUUAUCGCGCUCCAUACCGCCGCAAGCGCGGGAGGUGCCCAGUUGUACAUGACCUGCUACCAGAUCUCCGUUACCGGUGGUGGCUCCGCUACCCCGGCGACUGUCAGCUUUCCUGGUGCCUACAAGAGCUCCGACCCUGGUAUCCUCGUUGACAUCCACAGUGCCAUGAGCACCUACGUCGCCCCCGGACCGGCUGUGUACUCGGGUGGAAGCUCCAAGAAGGCCGGAAGCGGCUGCGUGGGCUGCGAGUCUACUUGCAAGGUUGGCUCCGGCCCGACUGGAACUGCUUCUGCCGUCCCUGUUGCGAGCACGUCGGCGGCUGCUGGUGGUGGAGGCGGUGGUGGGAGCGGUGGCUGCAGCGUUGCAAAGUAUCAGCAGUGUGGUGGAACCGGCUAUACCGGGUGCACAUCCUGCGCUUCCGGAUCCACCUGCAGCGCUGUCUCACCUCCUUAUUACUCCCAGUGUGUCUAAACACCGCCCUCAAUUACCGACACGAUGGGUAUCCCUUGGCAAGUUCUGACGAACGAACGACAAACGGGAUGUCGAAGUUUAUCGCUUCGCAACAAACAUAUUUCGCUGUACAUACUUAAAUUAUCCGGGUUUGGGUCUUGGUCUUUAUAUGACCGCGGCUGAAGUUGAACA